GGGCGACAAUUGAGAGGUACAGCGGCGGCCCCGGCCGGACCCGGCCCGCUGGCAGCUAGACAGCCGGUAGACGCCCGGCCCGGGCCGCAGUCGCGAGGUAGCGCGCCCCGAGACACACACACAAGACUCGUCUCUGAGCACCGCACCGCACCGGUCAUCGCCAUGGACCCCAGCGGGCACCGCGUCGCCAUGCCCCUCCUCCCCAUCGUCCUGGCGGCAGCCGCCCUCGGCGUCGUCACCACCGCCGCCGACAUGAGGCCCAACAUCGUCCUCAUCAUCGCCGACGACCUGGGCUUCAACGACGUCAGCUUCCGCGGCUCCAACCAGAUCCCGACGCCCAACAUCGACGCGCUCGCCUUCAGCGGCGUCAUCCUCAACCAGCACUACGUGCUGCCCACCUGCACGCCCUCGCGCACCGCCAUCCUCACCGGCCAGUACCCCAUCCGGACGGGCAUGCAGGGCUACCCGCUCAAGGCGGGCGAGGCCCGCGGGCUGCCCCUGCAGUUCCCGACGCUGCCCGAGCGCCUGGCCGCCCUGGGCUACCGCACCAACCUGGUGGGCAAGUGGCACCAGGGCUACCACCACGCCGAGUACACGCCGCUGCGCCGCGGCUUCCACCACCACCUGGGCUACUGGAACGGCUACAUGUCGUACUUCAGCCACGCCGUCCACAUGGACUCGGCUCACGGACUGGAGGAGGGGCGCAUAGGUUUUGACUUGCACUUGGACGCGGAGCCUGCCUGGCACCUGCGGGGCCAGUACGCCACGCACCUGUUCACGGAGCACGCAGAGGACAUCAUCGCCCAGCACAACUCGACCGCGGGACCCCUCUACCUCCAGCUCGCGCACCUCGCCGCGCACGCCGGCCUCAACGGCACCUACCUCGAGGUCCCCGACGAGGAGCUCAACGACAAGCGCCACGGGUACAUCGUCGGCAGCGACCGCCGGCACCUCGCAGGUGUGAUCCGGGAGCUGGACGAGUCGGUCGGGCGCGUGGUGCGAGCGCUGGACGAGAAGGGCAUCCUCGACAACACCAUCAUCGUGUUCAUGGCGGACAACGGCGGAGAGACGCUCGGGCCCCACAGCAACCACGCCUCCAACUGGCCGCUGCGAGGGCAAAAAUGGACCGUGUACGAGGGCGGCGUGCGGGGCGCGGCUGUGGUGUGGAGCACCAAGCUGGCCCGCCCGGGCAGCCUCCACCAGAACCUCGUCCACGCCACCGACUGGCUGCCCACCUUCUACCAGGCCGCAGGUGGCAACAUGUCCGACCUCGGCCCCCUGGACGGAGUGAGCCAGUGGGGGAGCCUCACCUCGGCCAGCGCCCUGGCCCCCAGGUCCGAGGUGCUCGUCAACAUCGACGAGGCCGGCGCCCUGAUCCAGCGCGACUGGCAGGCCGACUGGAAGCUCGUCCGCGGCCAGCAGAGCCCGGACCGCAGCGGCUACGUCAGCGAGAGCGGCCACGGCGCCGAGGUGCCCGCCUACAACGUGAGCGCCGUCCUGGCCAGCGAGGCCGCGGCCGCCCUGGGGAAGCACCUGCCCGCGCUCACGGAGGCCGCCGUGCGCCAGCGGCGCGCCGACGCCGCGACCGGGGCCGGCCCCUGCCAGGCGGUCGCCGACACCCUCGACCUCGCCUGCAAGCCUUACUGCCUCUUCAACCUGCGCACCGACCCUUGCGAGGCCGUGGACGUCCGCGACGCGCACCGCGAGGUCGGCGACAGGCUGCUGGAGAGGCUGGCCUACUGGGAGAACCUGACGGUGCCGCAGAUCAACCAGCCCGUCGAUGAGGCGGCCGACCCCAGGCAGCACAACAUGACCUGGGUGUCGUGGCUCGACGUCCAGCCCCAGCCGCCCGCGACUGCCGCCGGGGUCACCGCCGCACCCCUCGCAAUCCUCGCCGUCCUCCUGCCGGCCGUCUGCUUCCUCUGAGAAGGACACAGCCCGAGCAGCUGUAGCUCCUACCUGUGCGGCGCGGUCCGGGAGGAUGGCCGAGUACCGCUCGUCGUAGAACCGCGGGUUCUGGUCGUCCGCGUCCACCACCUGCACGUAGAGCGUCGUGUCCGAGAACUGCGGCGGGGUUCCCUGAUCCUAGACAGUCGGAAACAAAAUCAGUGAAACCGUACGAGAGGCGAGUGCGCAGAUAGGUACGCUCUCAGUUCAGAGAACAAUGUUCUCAGGUUGAGUCCAGUGCUUGUUACCUGCGCUCGGAUGUUGACCGUGAAGUUGGACAGCGUCUCAUAGUCCAGCGCCUUCCUAAGUACCAGGGUGCCCUCCAGUGCAUUGACGAACAUGAAGUAGUCCUGGAAAACGAGGGGAAAAUUAGUUGUUGAACGAUGUUUGUUAUGCCGAUCGUGAGCUGGGUUAACUAAAGAUCACAUGGGCAUCGGCACCACAUGAAAUUUUGUCGUGCUCAUCAGUAUGCACUGGUCUUUUAUAAUUUGCAGAAGACUCAUCUACGACUCUACGUCGUGCAUCUACGUUUGCGCCAUAGGGGAUGUGAGCACAGACCACGCGUUUUUCCCUUGGUCACAUCACUCUCCACUCGGAAAACACAUGACUUGUGAACAACCCUCUAAGUCCCAAAUACCUCAAGGAUCUCCUUCUUGCUGUUGAUGAAGACCGGCUGCGUGCAAAAUCCAAUCAUUAUAUUCACUGUCAGCGAGAACCCAUGCGGUCUGCUUCAGACGCAGCCUUGCUAAAGAGGCAUGACAAUCGACACUGGGGGGAUUAAGGGAAUCCUCACCAAACAGCUGAUAAGAGGAAAUGAGGUGCUCUCCUCCCGAGGCGCCGACACAGGCGCAGAUUUGCCUCGCGUUAAAUGGUGGCAAUAAACGGCUAUUGCCCUGUCCCCGCGACUCGCUUGCACGUGAUACGUGAUCAAAUUGAAACAAAUCUAGUCAUUUGCCAGAGCCCCUGAAGUCGCAUCAAAAAAUAAGUAUUACUCUAAAUUUUACUCGUUAAAGACUAAAAUGUUAUUAAUUACGCACAAUCUCAAAUAGGAAAUAAAAAUUGCUGGCAAUUUGACACGAUAGUCGAUAGUAACCAUCUAACGAAAUUUCAGUUCGUAAGGGCAGUAUAGAAACGUUUGCCGUUGUUCUACUGCGGACGACGUUGACGUUGCGUGGCACCCGCCGAUAUACCCCUCGCCUUGAGGAUACUCACCGCGUUGGGUCCCGGCAGCACGGAGUACUGCACCGUGGAGUAGGGCCCCGGCUGGUCCGCGUCCACCGCCCUCACGCCCUGCAGCACCCGCGUCCCGACCACAGUCACCUAGGGCGAUAAUAGGGAUAAUUACAAACAUGAACAGAAAUGUAAGCUUCGGGGAUUCACACUCCUCAAGAUGAUUGCAAUUCGAGGCGUCCUCAUUUUUAAAUAGAAGGUUAUUUCGGAAAGUUCUUCGUCCGUACCUCGGAUAUGUUGAGCACGUAUGGUGCGUUCACAAACUGAGGCGCGUUGUCGUUCGCGUCCGUCACCCGAAUAUUGACCGGAAUCGAGAGGCCCUGAAAAAGUAAGAAAAAAAAUCCCACUAUUGCAAUUUUUCAAAAGAUAAUUAAAUCACUUGGUACUUAUUGAAAUCGCGACUACUUACCGGAUCAGCGGUGCGUUUUCUAUCACAGAUGAUGCUGAUGUACACAGACGCGGGGCCUUCAAUGCCCUGUGAGGAAAAAGAAACAAUAAGUGAUGAUGUAGAACAAAUAAAUCAACAAAACUUGUCAAAAUAAGAUGUAAAAAAGCAAUAAAAGACAACAGUGUAGCCUA